GCACCUGACAAAAACUAGACAGAACAAGUCCUCCACGGCUCGCACUGUGAACUCUCUGACAGCACCUUUGAAAAGGAACAAAACGGUUUCAGUUUCUCUGGCUUCUUUCAUGUGCCUUUCCCCCUUCUGACUCAGUGAGCAGCUUAUGAGUUGAAGGCUUCCUCUACUUUGUAUUAGCUUUCUCCAGCGAUUCCAAUGGAGUCCCUGAUUUUGGGGUCCUUUCACAAUCCCUCUUUAAUCCUCACCGGUGGGAAUUAUCGGAGGAGCAAGACUGUCAAGUCAGGUACUUUCCCAAGUUGCAGCUCUUUGGACAUCCUGGAAAGAUGCUACAGUUCGAAGUUUCAGUGCCACCAUGUAAAGCAUCAUUUCAGAAGUCCUGAGAAAAGAUUUCAGGGAAAAAGAACAUUUUCCGUGAAUGCCUCCUCCGGGCGCUCUCUUGAGUCAGAAUCAGGCGCUUUCGAUCCCAAUAGUACCUGGAAAUCGGUUAAAAAUGCAUUAGGUGCUUUUUACCGGUUUUCACGGCCUCACACCAUUAUAGGCACAGCAUUGAGUAUAGUAUCAGUUUCCCUUCUUGCAGUUGAAAAGAUAUCAGAUCUUUCUCCAAUAUUUUUCACAGGGGUAUUGGAGGCCGUGGCUGCUGCCCUCAUGAUGAAUAUUUAUAUUGUUGGUCUAAAUCAGUUGUACGAUGUUGACAUAGACAAGGUUAACAAGCCUUAUCUUCCGUUGGCAUCUGGAGAAUUUUCUAUUGCGACUGGUUCUAUGCUUGUUAUAUCCUUUUCCAUUUUGAGCUUUUUGCUUGGGUGGUUUGUUGGAUCAUGGCCAUUAAUCGUGGCCCUAUCUAUAAGUUUCUUUCUUGGAACAGCAUAUUCAGUCAAUUUGCCAUUAUUGAGAUGGAAAAGAUUCGCAUUAAUUGCAGCGAUGUGCAUCUUAGCCGUUCGGGCGGUGAUUGUUCAACUUGCCUUUUAUCUGCACAUGCAGAUCCACGUCUUUAGAAGGCCACCUGUCUUUUCAAGGGCUCUUAUCUUUGCAACUGCGUUCAUGAGCUUCUUUUCUGUUGUCAUAGCACUAUUCAAGGAUAUACCUGAUAUUGAUGGAGAUAAGAUAUUUGGCAUUCAAUCAUUUACAGUACGCUUGGGUCAGAAGCGGGUAUUCUGGAUCUGUAUUUCACUACUUGAAAUUGCUUAUGGUGUUGCCAUAUUAGUUGGAGGUGCAUCCCUGUUUGAUUGGAGUAAAUAUAUCACGGUAUUGGGUCACUCUAUCUUGGCUUUCGUACUAUGGAACCGUGCCAAGUCUGUCGACCUGAAGAGCAAAGCUGAAAUAACCUCAUGCUAUAUGUUUAUUUGGAAGCUCUUCUAUGCUGAGUACCUGCUAAUACCAUUUGUAAGGUGAACAUGUAGAACAACUUCUUUGAGAACCUCCUAAAUGUUGUUCUGAUAAAAUUGUCUUUCAUUGUUUGAAUGUGCUUAAUCCCAGGGAAAAAGUGAAUUCUCUAUUUCCUUUUCAUUUUGGUAAAUACCAAAAACUAAUCUGGCUUUAAAACCAUGAGAAAAAUGCUAUUACCUUUUUUCAUUACCGCAUCAAAUCGUUUA